AUUCAAAUCUCAUCAUUUCCCCCAACGGCUAUUUUCUCUUCUCCCUUAAACAAUAACCCUAAAUCCACCAUUUUUUUGGUUCUGUACAAACAAUGAAGCAGAACGUACAACAACAAAGAAGCACAACAAUCUUAAGGGAGAAUAAUCAAAACGAAGCAAUGUGGAGUCCAAACCCUAGCUCUACGAAGCAAAAAUGGGUAACUCCACCGCCUUCUUACCGGAAGAACAAAUCGUCGUCUAAAGAGAAUAAUGCUCCUCCGUUACCGCCACGUCAUCCGAAUUCAAAUCCGUUGAAAAGGAAGCUCACUGUUGAAUCUGUAGCUUCCGAGAAUGCUCCCGUUGUUGCUGCUGACUCUGGAGUUAAAGUUAUAGUGAGGAUGAGGCCACCUACCAAAGAUGAGGAAGAGGGUGAAAUUGUUGCCCAGAAGGUCUCUAAUGAUUCUUUGUCAAUAGCCGGACACAGUUUUACAUUUGACUCUAUCGCUGAUGUUCAAUCUACACAGCUAGAUAUAUUUCAGCUUGUGGGAGCUCCUCUUGUUGAAAAUUGCCUCGCUGGUUUUAGCAGCUCAGUAUUUGCUUAUGGGCAGACUGGUAGCGGAAAGACAUAUACACUAUGGGGACCAGCCAACGCCUUGUUGGAAGAAAACUUGAGAAGUGAUCAACAAGGCUUAACACCGCGCGUUUUUCAUCGACUUUUUGAAAGAAUUGGGGAGGAACAAAUCAAGCAUUCUGACAAACAACUCGUGUAUCAGUGUCGAUGCUCCUUUCUUGAGAUAUACAACGAACAAAUCACUGAUUUGUUGGAUCCUAGUCAACGAAACCUCCAGAUCAGGGAGGACGUGAGAACUGGUGUCUAUGUUGAAAAUUUGACCGAGGAAUGUGUUUCUACCAUGAAGGAUGUGACAAAGCUUUUGGUGAAGGGCUUGUCAAACAGGAGAAUUGGCGCCACUAGUAUAAAUGCUGAGAGUUCACGUUCUCACAGUGUAUUUACUUGUGUUGUUGAAUCACAUUGCAAGAGGAUGGCCGAUGGCUUAAGUUGCCUAAAGACGAGUAGGAUAAAUCUCGUAGAUCUUGCUGGAUCAGAAAGGCAAAAGCUAACUGGUGCAGCUGGAGAACGCCUGAAGGAAGCUGGGAACAUCAAUCGCUCCCUGUCACAGCUGGGGAACUUGAUAAACAUUCUAGCAGAAGUUUCCCAAACAGGAAAGCAUCGGCACAUUCCCUAUAGAGAUUCCAAGUUGACAUUUUUGUUACAGGAAUCUCUUGGUGGGAAUGCAAAACUUGCAAUGAUAUGUGCCAUUUCUCCAGCACAGAGUUGUAAGAGCGAGACUCUUAGUACCCUGAGAUUUGCCCAGCGCGCAAAGGCAAUCAAGAAUAAGGCAGUAGUCAAUGAGGAAAUGCAAGAUGAUGUAAAUGUCUUAAGGGAAGUUAUACGACAGUUAAAGGAUGAGCUGAUCAGAGUGAAGGCCAAUGGCUCUCAAGCAGAUCAAAAUGGAAAUUAUUCAUCAGGGUGGAAUGCGCGUAGAAGCUUAAACCUUUUGAAAUUCAGCCUAAACCGUCCAAUGACAUUACCUCCUCUAGACGAGGAUGGUGACACAGAAAUGGAAAUUGUUGAGGAGGCUGAACUAUUAGGUCUCCUGCCAGAAGGAAGUAAAGAGGUUGGAAUCUUGCGAAAAACUCUUUCCAAGAGUUCCUUGGUUGGUCCUUCUGAAGGACGUAACGAGGAAAAGCACAACACAUGCAACGGAGAGGAAGGUUCUGAGGAUGUGGACGUUAACAUGGAGGAAGAGGUACCUGAACAAGUUGUCCAACCUGAAAACAAAAUUAUUCAUGGUGCUGGGCUGCAGAAUUUCGAAAAUUGUUCAAUGGCUGAAGAAUCAAAUCAUCAAAGUUGUGAAGAAGAAAAUGUGGAGGCUGGUUUGAGGAAAUCCAUGUUGAAGAAGCUUGAUAGUGAUUCUUCUCGAGAGCCCAUUGAAAUUGAGUGUCUUCCAUCGUUGGCCAUUAAUUUGUUCAAUCAAGGAGUAAAAGCGAAACUGGUCGAAGAAACAGCCUUAGAGCAAUGUGAAGGCUACAAUGAAAGAACUCCUGAAAACUCUUCUAAGUGUUUGGAAGGCGAUGCAGCCUGUACAGACAUUAGUGUAGUUACAAAUGAUAUAUCUCCUAUUUUGAAAUCUCCCACUCCAAGUGUUUCACCAAGAGUUAAUAGCAGUAGAAAAAGUCUUAAGACAUCAUCAAUGCUGAGUGCUUCUCAGAAGGAUCUUAGAGAGAGCAAGCUGGAUGCACCACAUUUGUCCUUUGCUAAGCCUUCGAACAGUAUUUGCUUGGACUCUCAACCUAAGCAGAGAAGUAAAAGUUGUUUCACAUCGACUGAACAUUUAGCUGCUAGUCUACAUAGGGGACUAGAAAUUAUAAGUAACCACCAGAGUACAUCUUUGAGGCGAUCAUCAUUCAGAUUUUCUUGCAAACCUGCUGACAUUAGAGCAAUUAUUCCAGUUGUUAAAGUAGAUGUAGGGGUCCAAACUAUUAUUACAGAUGAUCAGUCAUUUGAAGGAGGGUCGACCUUUUUGUGUAGUAAAUGUAAGACAAGGAAUUCCCAGCCAGAGCUUAAAGACGGCAAUGAUGGCUCAAACAUGCAAUUGGUUCCUGUCGAUGAAUCACAGUUGGUACCUGCUGAAGGAUCACAGUCCUGCGAAAAGCUCAAGAUUCAAGUACCCAAAGCAGUAGAAAAGGUAUUGGCAGGAGCAAUACGGAGGGAGAUGGCACUGGAAGAAAUAUGUGCCAAGCAAAGUUCUGAGAUCAUGCUACUCAACCGCUUGAUUCAACAAUACAAACAUGAGCGAGAAUGCAAUGCCAUUAUUGGCCAAACACGCGAGGAUAAGAUUGUUCGUCUUGAGAGCUUAAUGGAUGGAAUCCUACCAACAGAGGAGUUCAUGGAGGAUGAAUUGUUAUCACUCACUCAUGAGCAUAAGGUUCUGAAGGAGAAAUAUGAGAAUCAUCCAGAAAUCUUAAGUGCGAAAAUUGAAUUAAGAAGAACUCAAGAUGAGCUGGAACGGUAUAGAAACUUCUUUGACUUAGGUGAGAGGGAUGUUUUGCUGGAGGAGAUUCAGGAUUUGAGAAGCCAACUCCAGUUCUAUGUAGAUUCUUCACCGAAGUCAUCCAAGAAAGGAAAUUCUCCUCUGCAAUUAGCUUAUCCAUGUGAGUUAAGUGAGCGUUCGCCUUUAUCCACUAUUCCAGAGUCAACUGAGGAGAGUGCUGAACAGAGACUUGAAAAGGAGAGGAGUCAAUGGGCUGAAACAGAGAGUAAAUGGAUUUCUCUUGUAGAAGAAUUGAGGUUAGACUUAGAAGCUAGCCGCGGCAUGGCUCAAAAGCAUAAACAAGAACUAGAUUUGGAGAAGAAGUGCUCGGAAGAGCUGAAAGAAGCAAUGCAGAUGGCAAUGCAGGGACAUGCACGCAUGCUUGAACAGUAUGCUGAACUUGAAGAAAAGCAUAUGCAAUUGCUGAUACGGCAUAGGAAGAUCCAAGAUGGUAUGGAGGAUGUCAAAAACGCAGCUGCAAAGGCAGGAGUGAGAGGUGCUGAAUCUAAAUUUAUCAAUGCUCUUGCUGCAGAAAUUUCAGCCCUAAAAGUAGAAAGGGAAAAGGAGAGGCGCUAUUUUAGGGAUGAAAAUAAGGGGCUUCAGGCCCAACUGAGGGAUACUGCUGAAGCUGUACAAGCUGCUGGUGAAUUGCUUGUGCGGCUUAAAGAUGCAGAAGAAGCUAUCGCAGCCGCUGAAAAACGAGCGAUUGAGGCAGAGCAAGAAGCUAACAGGGCUUACAAACAGAUUGAUAAACUGAAGAAAAAACAUGAAAAGGAGAUAAACAAUUUGAAUCAGUUACUCAAAGAAUCCCGCCUGCCUAAUCGAAUAUCAGAAGUCAUUUAUGAUCAUUCUGAGACAACAGCAUAUGAUGCAGGGGAGAUGAAUAAUGGAGGUGAUCAGCAGUGCAGAGAAGAAAUCGAGUCAUUUUACAAUAGAGAAGAGGACUUAUCAAAAUUAGUAGAGCCCUCUUCUUGGUUCUUUGGCCAUGAUCGAUGCAAUAUAUAGACUAGGAUAUGUGUGAUGUAAAGGUGGUUGUGUUUGUUGUAUGUACCAAUAAUAGUUUGUUACAUAGUUUUGGAAAGGUGUAGCUUUUCUCUUCAAAUUUCAAUGAUAGGAAUUGUCUCACCAAUUGUGGAAGGAACAACUUAUUAUUCUAUCAAGCUCUUUGUAUCCAAUUCCUAUAAUUGAUCGAUAGCAUGAGAAGAAUGAUUGGUUUUAUCCUUA